GCGCACGCCGGGCAGCUCAGACUUUCUUACUCUGGUUUUAACAGUCUGUCAGAACCGCCGAACUGCCGUCUAUCCUACCAAGGGCUGCUGCUGCUAGAAGCGUUCGAAGGGCGACAUGGCUGGUCCGCGCACAUUCGUGGCGUAUGCGGUUCCCAUCCUACUGUCCUUAUGCGCCGAUGCAUUCUACCUACCCGGCGCUGCGCCUCACAACUACCGCCAGGGAGAGAAAGUUGAUCUAUUCGUCAACGCCUUGACUCCUAUGUUAGCGGGUACGGACGACGCCAAACUCAAAUCCUUGAUUAAUUAUGAUUAUUAUAAUCCGAAAUUCCACUUCUGCGAGCCCGAGGGAGGACCAAAGAAACAGCCGGAAUCGCUAGGUUCUAUCCUGUUCGGAGACAGAAUAUUCAAUUCGCCAUACGACAUUCGUAUGCUCGAAAAUAACGGAACGUGCCAGACCCUGUGUACUGUCAGGGAUGUGCCCGGAGAAGACGCGAAAUUUAUCAACGACCGUAUACGGGAGGAUUAUGCUCUCAACUGGCUGAUUGAUGGUCUCCCUGCUGCCGAAAUGAAAGUAGAUCUCAGGACUGGGGAUGUAUUCUAUGAUAUGGGCUUCAACUUAGGAAAUGACGAUGAGCCGUACCAUGAAACCCCCGCCUUGAAUAACCACUAUGACAUAUAUAUCAGAUACCAUAGCCCUAGCCCGGAUAACUACCGCGUUGUGGGCGUACUUGUCUGGCCCUCCAGCCAUGGCGGUCCCCAGGAUGGGCCAGUCAAUUGUGAGGAGGAAGCCCCACCCUUGAUCCUGAGCGAGACCGCCCCAAACAUGAUUCGUUACACAUACCGUGUGACUUGGAAUGAAUCAGACACUCCUUGGGCGACUCGUUGGGACAACUACCUCCACAUAUUCGACCCGCGGAUUCACUGGUUCAGCCUGAUAAAUUCCUUGGUUAUCGUUGUAUUCCUUUGUAUCAUGGUCUCCAUGAUUCUCCUCCGAAGUGUAUCCCGUGAUAUCUCGCGGUACAACGCUAUCGACCUAAGCGAAGAUGUUCAAGAGGACUGGGGCUGGAAGUUGGUCCACGGCGAGGUCUUCAGGACGCCUCGAUACCCCAUGGCGCUGUCCGUGUUGGUUGGUAACGGCGCUCAGCUGUGCGCGAUGGUUGCGGUAACGCUAGUCUUCGCGCUGCUUGGGUUCCUGUCUCCGUCUAAUCGAGGCUCUCUGGCUACCGUCAUGAUGGUCUGCUGGACGUUUUUUGGCGGGAUCGGCGGGUACAUUUCUAGCAGAGUGUAUGCGUCCAUGGGAGGAACGGAUAAGCGCAAAAACUCUUUCAUCACUGCUACCAUAUUGCCGACGACCAUCUUCGCCAUCAUCUUCCUCCUUAACCUGUUCCUCCUCGCCGCCGGUUCUUCUGGAGCUGUUCCGUUCGGAACAAUGCUGUUCAUCGUCAUCCUGUGGUUCGGCAUUUCUGCCCCACUGUCUGCCAUUGGCAGCUAUUUCGGUUCUAAGCAUGGGGCUAUCCAACAUCCCGUGAGGGUGAAUCCCAUCCCUCGACAAAUCCCUCCGACGCCAAAGUAUCUCCGCCCUUGGGCUGCGACCUUGCUCAGCGGUAUCCUGCCAUUCGGUGCCGCCUUCGUCGAGUUAUACUUCGUGCUGUCUAGUUUAUUUGCUUCCAGAGCAUACUACGCAUUCGGAUUCCUGGCUUUGACGGCCUUCGUGGUUGCUCUCACGACCGCUACAGUCACGAUCUUGUUCACGUACUUCAUUCUCUGCGCCGAAGAGUACCGGUGGCACUGGCGCGCAUUCCUCACGGGAGGCGGGAGCGCUUUCUGGCUGCUAGCAUAUGGGUUCUUCUACUGGUUAUCAAGACUGUCGCUUGACUCGUUCUCUAGUACGGUAUUGUACUUUGGGUACCUCUUUCUUCUUUGCCUGUUUGAUUUCUUGAUCACGGGGACCAUCGGCUUCCUUGCAACCUACUGGGCUGUCCGCAGACUCUAUAGCUCGAUCCGCAUUGACUAAUUGGCUUGUAUCAUACAUCAAUUUGUUGUCCUGGAAAACAAAACGGGGCAAUUCUGCGCCUUUAUUUAUGCACUAUUCCGAUGCCCUCGUAUACCAGGUGGUAUGGGUUUGUCCAGCCAUGAGUGGGAUCUGUUCG